AAAGGCCGACGACACGAUGGCCGCUCUAGUGGAGGAUAAAACCCAGGCGGAGAAGAUGGCGAGCUUCGGCUUCUCGGCCGUGGACAUCGGCGCCGCCGCGGCGACCGUCGACGCGGCGGACGGCGCGACGGAGAGCGCGGAGAUCGACCUCGCGCUGGACAGCAUGAACAUCAUCAAGGACAGCCUCUGCAUGGCCUGCGGCGGCUCCGGCGAGACGCGGCUCAUGCUGACGAAGAUCCCCCUCUUCCGCGAGAUCAUCCUGAGCAGCUUCCACUGCGACGACUGCGGCGAGCGGAACACGGAGGUCCAGUUCGGCGGCGAGACGCAGGAAAAGGGGUGCCGCUACGAGCUCGAGGUGUCGAGCCGCGCGGACCUGGACCGGCAGGUCGUCAAGUCCGAGAGCGCGCGCAUCGUCGUUCCGGCGCUGGAGCUCGAGAUCCCCGCGGCGACGCUGCGCGGCGUCGUGACGACCGUCGAGGGCGUGUUGAGCCGCGCGGCGUCGGAACUGAUGGCGCUCCAGCCGCAGCGGCUGGCCGCGGACGUCGACGUGGGCCUGAAGGUGCAGCGCGUCAUCGACGACCUCAUGGACUACGCCGCCGGCGAGGCGCUGCCCUUUUCGUUGAUCGUCGAGGACCCCGCGGGCAACUCCUUCGUGCAGCCUUUGCGGGAGAAGGACGAGCAACUGAAAACGAGCCACUACGACCGCUCCGACGCGGACAUGGUCGCGCUGGGCUUCCGCGAGGGCGGCGCGGCGCCCGUCGCGGGCGACGGCAUGCUCGCGGGGGGGGAAGUCAUGAACUUCUCCGUGCCCUGCCCCCACUGCGGCGCCGAGGGCGAGGAGCACAUGUGCGUGACCAAAAUCCCCUACUUCAAGGAGUGCGUCAUCAUGUCCUUCACCUGCGAGAAAUGCGGCUACCGCAACUCCGAGGUCAAGGGCGGCGGCGCCGUGCCGAAGCUCGGCUGCGCGGCGACGCUGACGUGCGUCGACGCGGGCGACCUGAGCCGCGACAUCCUCAAGAGCGACACGGCCUACGUCGCCAUCCCCGAGCUCGACCUGGAGCUCGCCCACGGCUCGCUGGGCUCCGUGUACACGACGGUCGAGGGCUGUUUGGAGAAGAUCGUCGCGUCGCUCCGCCGGGGAAACCCGUUCCAGGGCGGCGACUCCGCGGACGGCGCGAAGAAGGCGCACUUCGACGCCUUCAUCGACAAGAUCAUCGCUUUGAAGGACGGAAAAACCUUCCCCUUCACCAUCGUCAUGCGCGACCCGCUCGCGAAUUCCUUCGUCGGCCCGCGGCGCGACGCCGCGGCGAACCACGGCCCGCUCGACGCCGUCGGCGACGGUGCGCUGCCCGAGGACCCGCAGCUCGUCGUCGCCGACUACGCGCGCUCCUGGGACGAGGACGAGGAGCUGGGGUUGCACGACAUCGACACGGGCGACGGCGGCGGCGGCCUCGGCGCGAUCCCCGAGGAGGGCGGCGACGACGACCUGCCGGACGUCGACGACGUCGACACCGUCGCCGUGCCGUCGAACCUCGGCACGGACUUCCACGUGAAGCCCAAGCCCCGGCGCACCGUGGACCACCCGAACCCGACGUUCGCCCGGGGCUGCGACGACGGGGCCCCGGCGGCCCAAUAGUACAUCUUACAGCCCGUGGAACUCG